GACAGUACGCGAUGUUACUAGAUGUAAUAAACAACGUAGUACUCCACGUCGAACCGGAGCGGCGACGUACGUUGGAGCGGCGCGCACGUAUGAGGUUUCAACUACAACUGCAUCAGGACCAGGACCCCAGGCAACUUAUACAUAAACUGCAGACACAGGUGAGGGAGUCCCUAGCAAGACUUCGAAGACUGGAGAAGGAAUAUUACCUCAAGAACAGGUCGAUGACCGGGAACGAUCCUGCUGCCAUGGACGAACUGAAGAGUUUGGAUGAUCAGGUGAGCUUGUGUUGUGUUAUCUAUACUUGUUUCAUAUAU